CAGGACUAAAAAAAAGGAGGGGGGGUGGUGGGCAGGAUGGUGGUCGCCCCCCUCCUGACAGUUAGUGCCUGAGGCUGUGUGAUUGUGACCUGCAGCUCCAGCUCAGGAUCUUAAUUGAUUACCACUUAGUUUUAUCUUUAAUAAGCUGCCAUACAGGAACAGACAGCUGUGUAGAUGUGAUUGUUGUUACACUGGAGGUGUGUGUGUGUGUGUGUGUAUAUGUGCGUGUGUUUGUAUAUAUGUGUAUAUAUAUGUGUGUGUGUGUGUGUAUCAUUGUGGGCGUCUCUGUCUGUAGCGCAGCCUCCUCACAGGCCACUCCCGGGAAGCGCGCUGCUGUUCCGCCACACAGACGGACGUACGGACGGAGUGUGUUCGCUGUCAGCGCGCCCCGGCUGCUGUGCUUCUCUCUCUCUCUCUCUCUCUCUGUGCAGUGUCUGUCAGUCUCUCUCUAUCUCUGUGCGCGCGUGUCACCCCCGCUCCGCUCCUCUCCUCUCCUGUGCAGAUUGAUGGUGAUUGAGGUGGAGGCAUGUAGCACCGGAUUCACCGGAUUCACGGCGCCGAGCAGCAUGUAGCACCUGGAGCCCCGCGCACAUCGCCUCCCUCCUGCGCUCCUCCUCCGUCUUCUCUCCCCCUCCUGGAGCGCUCCUCUCUGCUCCCCUGAAGGCAUCGCCUGCACAAGCAUUUCCGGGGAUUUUUUUUUUUUUUUUUUUGGGGGUGGGUGGGGGGAUUUAUUUAUUUUAGAGGAGUGUGAGUUCAUCCCCGCCGCUCUGCACCUCUCGGUCGAUGGUCGUUGAGGAAGCUUCCAUCUUGAGUCCCGUAUCUACCGAGAGAACCAUGGCGAGCGACUCCCCCGCGCGGAGUCUGGACGAGAUAGACCUGUCUGCACUACGGGACCCAGCUGGUAUCUUUGAGCUGGUGGAACUGGUUGGAAAUGGAACCUAUGGGCAGGUCUACAAGGGUCGCCAUGUCAAAACAGGCCAGCUCGCUGCCAUCAAGGUCAUGGACGUCACAGGAGAUGAGGAGGAGGAGAUUAAAGCAGAGAUCAACAUGUUAAAGAAGUACAGCCACCACAGGAACAUCGCAACCUACUAUGGAGCCUUCGUCAAGAAGAACCCUCCUGGAAUGGAUGACCAGCUGUGGCUGGUGAUGGAGUUCUGUGGAGCCGGAUCGGUGACAGACCUGAUCAAAAACACCAAAGGGAACACUCUGAAGGAGGAGUGGAUCGCCUACGUCUGCAGGGAGAUCCUCAGGGGUCUGACCCAUCUCCACCAGCACAAGGUCAUCCACAGGGACAUCAAAGGCCAGAACGUGCUGCUGACAGAGAACGCAGAGGUUAAACUAGUCGACUUUGGAGUGAGCGCUCAGCUGGAUCGUACAGUGGGACGGAGGAACACAUUUAUCGGGACGCCUUAUUGGAUGGCCCCGGAGGUCAUCGCCUGUGAUGAGAACCCCGACGCCACAUACGACUUCAAGAGUGAUCUGUGGUCGCUCGGUAUCACAGCUAUAGAGAUGGCGGAGGGAGCACCACCUCUGUGUGACAUGCAUCCGAUGCGAGCGCUCUUCCUCAUCCCCAGAAAUCCUGCCCCCAGACUCAAGUCUAAGAAGUGGUCGAAGAAGUUCCAGUCUUUCAUCGAGAGCUGUCUGGUGAAGAGUCACAGCCAGCGGCCGAGCACCGAGCAGCUCCUCAAGCACCCGUUCAUCAGGGACCUUCCCAACGAGCGGCAGGUCCGCAUCCAGCUGAAGGACCACAUCGACCGCACCAAGAAGAGGAGGGGGGAGAGGGAUGAGACGGAGUACGAGUACAGUGGGAGUGAGGAAGAGGACGAAGAAAGGGACAUUGGCGAGCCCAGCUCCAUCAUUAACAUUCCCGGGGAGUCCACUCUGAGGCGGGACUUCCUGCGUCUCCAGCUGGCCAAUAAGGAGCGGUCGGAGCUGAUCCGGCGCCAGCAGCUGGAGCAGCAGCAGAACGAGGAGCACAAGCGCCAACUGCUGGCCGAGAGGCAGAAACGUAUCGAGGAGCAGAAGGAGCAGCGGCGUCGGCUGGAGGAGCAACAGCGUCGGGAGCGAGAGAUGAGGAAGCAGCAGGAGCGAGAGCAGAGGAGGAGGUACGAAGAGAUGGAGCAGCUCCGUCGAGAGGAGGAGAGGAGGCACGCGGAGAGAGAACAGGAGUAUAUCCGUAGACAGCUGGAGGAGGAGCAGAGGCAGCUGGAGAUCCUGCAGCAGCAGCUCCUGCAGGAGCAGGCCUUACUGCUGGAGUACAAGAGGAAGCAGAUCGAGGAGCAGCGGCAGGCCGAGCGGCUGCAGAGGCAGCUGCAGCAGGAGCGAGCGUACCUGGUGUCGCUGCAGCAGCAGCAGCAGCAGGAGCCGCCGCGGCCGCCGCAGGACAAGAAGCAGCUGUACCACUACAAAGACCAGGCGCCAGGCAGCAACGACAAACCCGCCUGGGCCAAAGAGGUGAUGCGUCGAGCUCAGAGCAACUCGCCCCGCAUCCCUCCCAAGAAACACCACUCCUUCAGGGAGACGCGAGACGUCAACCUCGACAACCUGCUCUUACUCCCCGGUUACAGACCCCGCCCCCGCCCCCCCUCCUACCCCGCCCACGUCAGUCCCUCCAGGGAUCACCUGCGCACGCCUCGAAUCCGUGUCACCUGUGUCCCCGAACGCGUCCGUGACUCCUCCCAGCCAGUGAUGCGCCGGCAGAGCCCCGACUCCAGGGGCCACACCCCCUACAGCAGGGGCCGGAGCCCCGGCCGCCGGGUGGAGGAGCAUUAUAAGAUGAACAGACAGACUUCUCCUGCGUUGCAGCAUAAAGUCUCCAACCGGAUCUCGGACCCGUCGCUGCCGCCGCGCUCCGAGUCCUUCAGCAGCGGAGGCAUCCAGCAGGCCCGGACCCCGCCCAUGCACCGCUCCGUCGAACCACAGAUGGCCCACCUGGUGCAGGUGAAGAGUCACGGGCUGUCAGGCUCCCAGUCUCUGUAUGACCCCCAUGGCGUGUCCUCCUCCUCGGCGUCGCCCUCCCCCUCCCGGCCUCCCAUGCCCCGGCAGAACUCCGACCCCACCUCCGACACCCCUCCUCCCCCGCCCCUCUCCCGCCUGGCGCCCCCCCUCGACAAGCUGGACCGCAGCUCCUGGCUGCGGCAGGACGACGACAUGCCCCCCAAGGUUCCUCAGAGGACGACCUCCAUCUCUCCUGCUUUAGUCAGGAAGAACUCUCCAGGAAACGGACCCGGCCUCGGCCCUCGGGCUGGAGCUCACCUCAUACGGGCCAGCAACCCCGACCUGCGGAGGAUCGACUUUUCCAUGGAGACGCCCCUAAAGAGGACGAGCAGCGGCAGCUCCUCCAGCUCCAGCACCCCCAGCUCCCAGGGAGGCUCCAACGAGCGAGGUAAUUCAGCUCCUAAGACCGAAGGCUCGACACUUUCCUCCCAUGACACCAAAGAGGACGGCAGAGAGGUGACGCGACCCAGCAGGCCUGCAGAUUUGACGGCUCUGGCCAAAGAGCUGAGAGAGCUGCGACAGGGGGAGGAAACCAGCCGCCCGCCCGUCAAAGUGACGGACUACUCGUCGUCCAGUGAGGAGUCUCACAGCAGCGAGGACGAGGAAGGGGAGGGCGGGGCCAACGACGGAUCAGUGGCUGUCAGCGAUAUACCGCGAAUUAUGCCGGCCGCCAGUCAAGGUGCAAACGAGUCCUUCGGCAUGAUGGGAGGUCACAACGACUCCCACGGCGACACGUAUGGAAACAGCUCCCAGGAGGGCACCCUGAUGAUGCGUGAGUAUGCGAUGGGGAGCGGUGGAGGCUCCAAGGCGUCCUUCACGCCGUUUGUCGAUCCGAGGGUCUACGGCACGUCCCCGACUGAUGACGACGAUAAAAGCUCUGCCUCAGCGCUGUUUGCCGACGAGCUGCUGAAGCAGGAGCAGGAGCAGGCGAGGCUCAACGAGGCCAGAAAGAUCUCCGUGGUCAACGUCAACCCCACCAACAUCAGACCGCACAGCGACACGCCCGAGAUCCGCAAGUACAAGAAACGCUUCAACUCCGAGAUCCUGUGUGCGGCGCUGUGGGGAGUGAACCUGCUGGUGGGGACGGAGAACGGCCUGAUGCUGCUGGAUCGGAGCGGGCAGGGCAAAGUUUACAACCUGAUCAACCGACGGCGCUUCCAGCAGAUGGACGUCCUGGAGGGACUCAACGUCCUCGUCACCAUCUCAGGGAAGAAGAACAAGCUGCGUGUUUACUACCUGUCCUGGCUCAGGAACAGGAUAUUACACAACGACCCCGAAGUGGAAAAGAAACAGGGCUGGAUCACUGUCGGAGAACUGGAGGGCUGCGUUCACUACAAAGUCGUGAAGUACGAGAGGAUUAAAUUCUUGGUGAUUGCUCUGAAGAACUCCGUGGAGAUCUACGCCUGGGCGCCUAAACCUUACCACAAGUUUAUGGCCUUCAAGUCGUUCACUGACCUGCAGCAUCGCCCCCUGCUGGUCGACCUGACCGUGGAGGAGGGGCAGAGGUUAAAAGUCAUCUACGGCUCCAGCGUGGGCUUCCACGUCAUCGACGUGGACUCGGGCAACCCUUACGACAUCUACAUCCCCUCACAUAUUCAGGGUCAGGUGACCCCGCACGCCAUCGUGGUUCUGCCCAAGACGGAUGGCAUGGAGAUGCUGCUGUGCUACGAGGACGAGGGCGUCUACGUCAACACCUACGGACGCAUCACCAAAGACGUGGUGCUGCAGUGGGGCGAGAUGCCCACCUCCGUCGCUUACAUCCACUCCAACCAGAUCAUGGGCUGGGGAGAGAAGGCCAUUGAGAUCCGCUCCGUGGAAACGGGACACCUCGACGGAGUUUUCAUGCACAAGCGAGCUCAGCGACUGAAGUUCCUGUCGGAGAGGAACGACAAGGUUUUCUUUGCCUCGGUGCGUUCAGGCGGCAGCAGCCAAGUCUUCUUCAUGACCCUCAACAGAAGCUCCAUGAUGAACUGGUAACCCCUCCCCCCUUCGGCCGACAACCCUCCUCUUCUUCACUGAACAUCUGAACCCGCCGCCGGGAGACGAGGGACGACAGGAGGACGAGUCGUGUGUGUGUGUGUGUAUAUAUAUAUCUGCGUGUGUGUGUUCAUUGGAGGAUAAACAAUGAGCUGCUGAAAAGACAAUUGGAGGAGUUAAACCACAGGAGCGUCCCCCCCACCCCCCCAUUCACAUACAGAUACCCUCCAGCUGUAGGGGGCGCUGCAGGCCUCGUAGAUGGCGUCACUGUCAGUGGACGACGCCUUCACCUUCCCUGUGGACUCUUCGAUCGGGACGACGGUCGUUCUUGACACUUUAAAGGCUGUGACAUCACACCGGGUAGCCUUUGACUUUCCCGUGUGACUGCAGGGGGGAGGGGGGGCGCUGUGGAGAAGCUCUUUGUGUAGCACAUCAGCGAUUUUCUUACAGGGUGUUCACACUGCGAGUGCGUCGGGAGAUUCGUUGCUCCGCGUGUUGGAGGCGACGCGAAUCAGACAUCUCUCACUGCGCUUUGUCGCUAUGGCGAGUAAACACUUCCAGGUAGCGUCAAUAGAGGAGGAAAACUCCUGAGGCUGCGGCUGUUUCUGAGACAGUUUUAAACUUCAUCCCUCAAAGUAAAAGACAGAGUAACUCCACACUGAGCCAGUUCAAGUAUUUCCCUCCGAUUUGGCCUCGUCUUCGUCGUGGAUCAAUCAGUAAACUCUAAGCAGCUGUUGAACUGUGCGGUGGAGACUGAUCAGGAAGCAGCUGCUGACCAGACGUUGGCUGCGAUGCACAGUUUAGUGUGUUUGAUGAUAAUUGUGGAUUUUACACUGUGUGAUUCUGGGCUUCUCUCAGACUAAAGUCGACAAUCUUUUAACGAAAUCUUUGACGAGACGUGGUGAAAUCUCUGGUUCUGGAUCUCACUGUGAGACACGCCCGCCGUCAGCUGACUCGGCCGAAGGUCUGGCUUCAAGAUGUCUGACCGCCGCUGCUAUGAGCCACGUUUACCGAGCAACCAAUCGACACAUGGAAUGUAGGGAUGCCGCGAUACCGAUACUGAUACCGAUCUUCUCUGACACGCAUUGCAGAUAUCGUACGUUAUGUUUCCACAUGGCCGACAUUUUUUGUUUCGGUGGGAGGCGGGACUUAACUACGCAGAGUAUUAACCGCAGGUGAUCGCUUGUAAGGUGAUAGCAUCUACCGAUCACUAGGGUAUUGAACGAGCCCCGGGGCUGGAGGCCGGAGUAUCGUUGAGCUCGGUUCUGCUUUCGGUACUUGAGAAAUAAAGAAAAUAAACUUCCUGUUCAUUGUUGCGACAGAAAAGUUCUCUCGCACAUUUUAUCUCACCAACUCCGUUUGUCUCUUCUAAUGUUAAUCGAGCGCUUUCGAUAAAAGUAGUAGUUCCGUUAAAAUGUUAACGAUACCCAUCACGUAUUUGUGAUCAAAAUCAUCUGAGGGAUUGAAAUCACAAAGACAACACGGGCGAUCUGGUGGAGCAUGAGAAGGUAUUGAUGAGCGGUCAGUUGCAUCACCGCGACCACUUUGUGUUUUACCGCUUCUUAAAGGAACGACGUGAGUUGACGACCUGGGACUUAAUUAGACUCAUCUCGCACAGUGUGACAUGCAGUUAUCUUGACUUAUUGCACAGCGUGUCGGCACCUUAAGGAGAGACUUUCCCGGUCGGGGGCAGAGAUCUGCACCAGAAGUGACUCCAGACUCACUCAGUGUCUGAACCAGCCUCUAACCUCUCUGAGCCCGGAGCCAAAUGCUGAAUCGAAACCUUCUCUCGCGGUGACGACCGGUCGGCUGAAUCUCAGCGGGUGUUUCCUAAACUUAAAGACGAGCUUUUUCUGCUCUGUCAGAUGUUUUUGUCACGAUGCAAAAUAAACACACCUGAGGCGGCAGAGAUGCGCUGACCUUGAAAAGUGUCUCUCUCUCUCUCUCUCUCUCUCUCUGUGGGAAACGGUCGAGCUGCCGUGACUUGAUGACGGUGCCGCUCACAGUGUGAACACUCGUCUCGAGCGCUGCUGCUGCUCAAACACCUUCUGUGUCUCGUCCCCAUUAGCAGAGAAAAAUACUGCAAACAGGCAGUUAGUGUCACGGGGGGAAAUGAGACGCUGGGUCGGAUUGAUCUGCUGUGGCUGCGGCGUCCUGGUGUGUUCGUGGGAGGGGAAGGAGGCAGGUUGUAGAUAUUGUAUUAUUGCUGCAACAGCAACACGAUAACAAAAUCUCCACAUCACUUCUCACGAGAAGAACUUGGCCGUAGAGUAGUUGCCAAACUUCUGGAAGUUUUUACUUUUGCUGCCCUUCGUUCUCUCCACCUUUUACUGUUCUGUGUGCACUGCACUUGUGUAAAUACUCACUUUAAUGUUAAGGACAGACUUUGCAAAACAGGUGAAGAAAAAAAAUAACAGUCUUGCUCUUUUGUUUGUUUUUUUUUUACCUCUGUAAAUCUGUCCGUUCUCUAGUUUCUCUGAUGGGAGGUUUUUCCGAGUGAGGACUUUCACACACCUUUUAUUUUUGGUUAAAACUCCGAGUUUACUCUUUUUUUCUCUGUAGUUCAUCACUGUUUAUUUAGUUGUGCAUUGUUGCAUGGUGGACUUACAUGUUUUACCUGUCGUCACCUGUUAUGAGUUGUAAGUUUAAGGCAAUACAGGGGCGGGUCUGACUGGAGACGCCGGACGGUGCGAGACAAACUCUCCAACACUGAAAUGAUCGUUCAACAUCUUCUAAGUAACAGUCGGAUAAAGAUUGAACACUGGAAAACUUCACGUUUACCAUUGAGUUUAUAUUUUAGGCAUUUUAUUUGAUGCUCACGCCCAGAGCAGGACGGGGCUCAGUUUCACUUUGAACGCCAUUUUCCAUUUUCGGAGAUGGUGAACGGUGGCGGUGGGGCUACGGGAGAGGAGAGCGGCUCAUCUUUUCCUUGAUUUUUUUGUUCAUUGAUCUUUAAGGAUGCGACGGGUGUAAGCGACGCCGCUUUAAGGCCAGCUGAAGCCUUUGACAUGUGCAGGAUGUUAACGUUAACGGGCACCCUGUGAAUAAAGGUCAGGAGGCGGGGUCAGUCUGAGAAACCAUAGAUAGAAAGAAGAUAUAUAUACUGUAAGAAUUUUCGUUAUGAUGAUAUCUUACUGAUCAUUUUAGAGAAAGACAAAAAAAUAAAGUUCACUUAUUAAAGCUUAGUUGUCUUUCUACAGAAUAGAGAACAUAGCUAUAAGGAUUUCUAAAAAAAAAAAUACAAUGUUUUUAUUGUGGUAUUAUUUGUAUUUGUAUUUCAAUUUUUGUACGUAUCAAGACUGUGAACGUAUGUGCGGCUGUCAGCCCGUGAGCGCGUGCGUGCGUGCGUGUGUGUGUGUGUGUGUUUGAGUGUGUAGGCGAGCAGGUGUGCGCACAGGUGUGUGACAUGCAUGUGAGUGUAUGUUUUCACCUCGUCUGAAUCACUGGAAUCAGUCAAAAGACAACCUCAAUCUGGUAACACACAUCUGUGAUAUUGGAAAUUGUACAAUAAAUGUCCUCUCCUUGUACAGCAACAGCACCUGCUCCGCUCUCUUUCUUCACCUCACCUGUCGACAGGUCGCGGGGUGACUGAUCCUGCACAAUCCACCAGGUUUUAGCACCAUGAAGUCGUACUGCAUGCACAGGAUGAAAAGAAAUAAAGGAAACCAAACAUCUCA